AUGGCGUGUGACAUCGGCUCGCUCGUCCAGCUCAUCCUCUUGCCGGACCGACUCAAGGUGUCCCUCGCCGCUAUCAAAGCCAGGGAAGAGGAGCAGGCUCAGAAGGCGGGCAAGGCCUACGGUGACACGAUCACCGAGGACGAGAGGCUCUGCCGAGUCCGCCACUCAGCUCUUCCUCACGCGCCCCGUGACGAAAAGGCCGAGUUUCUCUUUGCCGCCUUGGAACGCUUUAUCGACACGCGUGACAGGAGCCUCAUUCCCGACCUCUUUGCGUCCACCGACGCGUACCUCGACCCAGCGUUCUCGUCGCCGCAACAGCGAUACGAGAACAUCUCCUCCAUUGAGGGUGUCCUGUGCGGAUUCCCCCUGCACCACCUCCACAACGUUGAAAAGACCACUCUGUGGCGUAAUCUUGGCAAGGGUGGCGGCUAUGGCGGCACCUUCGACCUUGUCGUCGCCGCUGUGGAGGUCGAGAACUCGACGGUGGCGAACAAACGUGAGGUCGUCGAUGCGAUCGGUCGCAUGAUCGAGGUGACCACCAAGGUGCACACCGCGUAUCAGCCAGGCAACCGCACGUCGCUCAGCGCCGCCGAGCAGAAGGAGGUCAUCGCCGAGGCCGAUCGUCUCGAUUCGGCACUGUACGGCACUCACCCCGUUAACAAGGCCACCCGGGAGCGCUGGCAGCAGGUAGCUUUGGCGCCUCACCUUCCCAGCAUCGACACUGCUCUUGCGUCCUACGCCCCGGUGCCUGACGAGAAGGACCAAGUCGACGCUCUGCUCCCCCACCUCCCGGCGUUCAUGGAAGUGAUGAGAGAGCAAGCCGCGAUCUCCGAGACAGAGCUGCCAGUCAACCACAAGGGCAAUUUUGUCUCAUUGUGGUGGUCUAGGGAGACUAACAAGGAGGACCUCCUCACGCUCGCGAUCAGGGCACUCCGGCGAGCAGAAGAGGCUUGUGACGAGGAUGAAGACAACAACGAACACAACUCUCCCCUGGGCGUCGUCUUCAUGUGCUUUUGCACUGGCUUGAGUAUGGCGACCGCGAUCUCCUCUCCGGCCUACGCAUCAACUUCAUGA